AUGGCGACAAAAACACUAGAAGCUCGAUUCGAGCACCUCACAGUCACCGACGAAAACGACGCCCCCUCCAACACCGUCCUCAAGUCUAAGGUACCUAUCAGUCUCUGCUUCGAUGCGACGGAUAGAUCUAACCGAUACUUUCAGGCUGCCGCUACUGGUACAAUAGCGAGUCUUCCUUCAGGCCAAUCCAGGGCGAAUCUAGUCAAAUACGCCCUCCAGACCUCGAGUGAAUCGAGGCAGAAUGCCGGUCCAGUCACCACCAUUACAACCACCACAACUGUUCCAACUCUUCCUCCUUCACCAGUCCGAAAGCCUGCACCCACAUCUCGAGCGUCUGAUGAGAACUAUGAAAAACAAUCAAUUGCCUUUUUCGAUCAGCCACAAGCACCCAAACAAUUCCAUCUGGGCAUGUUCGAAAUAGGCAAACCAUUGGGAAAGGGAAAGUUCGGUCGGGUGUAUCUGGCGCGCGAGAGAUCGUCAGGCUGGAUCUGUGCACUGAAGGUCCUGCACAAAUCCGAACUGCAGCAAGGAAAAGUUGAGAAGCAAGUGAGGAGAGAAAUCGAGAUUCAGUCUAAUUUGCGACACCCGAACGUUCUGAGGCUGUACGGUCAUUUCCAUGACAGCAAGAGGGUGUUCCUCAUCCUGGAGUUUGCUGGAAAGGGUGAGCUGUACAAGCAUCUUCGCAAGGAGCACAGAUUCCCGGAAUGGAAGGCUGCCCAGUAUAUCGCUCAAAUGGCCGCGGCUCUCAAAUACCUACACAGCAAGCAUGUCAUGCACCGAGAUAUCAAGCCUGAGAACAUCCUAGUGGGCAUUCACGGCGAGAUCAAGAUCUCCGAUUUUGGCUGGUCCGUCCAUGCCCCCAACAAUCGACGACAGACCAUGUGUGGUACUCUGGAUUACCUUCCACCAGAAAUGCUCAAGCCGGGGAGUUCCGACAACUUCUACAACGAGAAAGUCGAUCUCUGGAGUCUGGGCGUCUUAACGUAUGAGUUUCUCGUAGGAGAAGCGCCGUUCGAGGACACUCCGAUCAUGACACAGAGAAGAAUUGCUCGUGGUGACAUGAGCGUGCCGAGCUUUGUCAGCGCAGAGGCGAAGGAUCUAAUACACAGACUCCUCGUUCUUGACCCCGAAAAGAGAAUACCUCUCGACCACGUACUUCAGCAUCCGUGGAUCAUCAAGCACUGCGCCACAAAGGGGGGCGAGCGUGGAGCCCAGCGAGCCUCUGGCACCAGCAGAACGAGCUCGGAGCAAUAA